AUGUUGGGUGACAGGUCGUCGGCACCACAGUCCAGUCGUGAGAAGUCCAUACCCGACUUCAAUGGGGCAUCGCGAGACAGUUUUAGUCAUUUCGAUGCGGCACACUCGCAAAUCAUACCCUCCCUGCGUCGACCGGAGCCGCCUAAACUGACUCCAGCCUGUGUGACAACAUUUACUUUAUUUACUCGCAUCCUGUAUGCCUUGCUCUGUUCAUUGGUGGUGGACAGUUAA